AUGAGGGACUACAAGUUGGUUGUGCUCGGCGCGGGCGGUGUUGGAAAGUCGUGCUUGACAGUGCAGUUUGUGCAGGGCGAAUACUUGGAUACGUACGACCCCACGAUCGAGGACUCUUACCGCAAGUCGAUGGAGAUCGAUGACAAGGCGUUCGACCUGGAGAUCCUGGAUACGGCGGGGGUGGCGCAGUUCACGGCGAUGCGUGAGCUGUACAUAAAAUCAGGGAUGGGGUUCCUGCUGGUGUACUCGGUGACGGACCGGCAGUCGCUUGCCGAGCUGAUGGAGCUGCGGGAGCAGAUCCUGCGGAUCAAGGACUCGAAGCGAGUGCCAAUGGUGUUGGUGGGCAACAAGGCGGACCUGCAGAACGAGCGGGCGAUUUCGGUGGAAGAGGGCAUCGACGUGAGCAGCCGGUGGGGCAAGGUGCCGUUCUACGAGACGAGCGCGUUGCUGAAGAGCAACGUGGACGAGGUGUUCAUCGACCUGGUGCGCCAGAUCAUGCGCGCGGAGCUAGAGACGCUGGAGGGGCAGGGGGGGACGCCGGGGACGCCGGGGGCGGUGCCGGCGGCGACGCGCAGCACGGUGGAACUGAACAGCGUGUCCAACGGGCCCGGGUCGGCGCUCACGCACAAUGAGUCCACAAACAGCUUCCACAAGGUGCAGCCGGCGACGGUCGUCAACGGACCCAGCCCGGCGAUGCUGAACAAGAAGAAGUCGAUUCUACGCACGUCGCAUAUCGGGCCUGCGAAGCCGGAGAAGAAGAAGAAGAAGAAGGGCCUGGCCUGUGUGAUCUUGUAG